GGGCACCCGUAUGCGUCAUGGGCAUGCGUAGUAUGAAACAUUAGCUAGCGCGCACGUGUGUCACCGACUUGCUGUAUAAAAAUGGUGAAGGGCACAAGAUCUAAAAAGACACCAAGUAAGGUUCUGAAGAAUGACGAUGAAGACACUAACGUCACAAUAAAAGGCAAGCACAAAGCGGAAUCUACGGGAGAAACCUCACCGUCCAAGAAAACUAAACUCAUCAAUGAUGGCUAUUGUGUGUUUGUUGGCAACUUAAACGACUCCAAAACAUUUGAAGAAGUCAAUAGUUCAUUAGAAAACUACUUCAUGACACAAAGUCUUCUUGUACAAGACAUCAGAUUAGCUCCAUCCAGAAAACACGCAUUUAUUGAUUUGGCCUCUGAGUUCGAUGUGACUAAAGCCUUGUCGCUGGAUGGAGAGAUGAUUCUUGGUCAGCCAGUGACUAUCGCUAAACCAAAGGUCAAAACGGUGGAUUAUGUGAAAACGAAGGUGAAGGCUCCAAAGCUGGACAAGAAAGGUAAAGAUGCAAGAUGCUUGUUUUUGAAGAAUGUCCCAUAUAACGCAACAAGGAGAGACAUCCGGGAGAUUUUUCCUAAAGCAAUUAAAAUCAGGUUUCCUGGUGAGGCUGAGAACCCAGACAGAGGUAUUGCCUUUUUGGAGUUUAAAAAUGAAAGAGUUGCUAGUAAAAUGAGGGAAUUCAAACAAGGAGCCAAGAUCCAAGACAGGCUUCUCAUUAUUGACUCUGUCGGAGUGGGCAGCAGCUUCAAAAAUGCCGACAAAAAAACAACCAAUGAAGUUUGUCCAAACACCACACUCUUUGUAAGCAACCUUCCUUUCAAAGUCAAGGAAGAUGACAUUAAAAAAGUAUUUAAGAACGCUGUCACUAUUGCUAUACCAAACAAGGAUGGCAAAGCUAAAGGAUAUGCUUUUGUGGAGUUUGCCACUGUGGCAGAUGCUCAACAAGCCCUAAAUGCCACCAAAAAUGUGAACGUCCGAAAGAGGCGGAUGAGAGUCGAAUUCUGUGAAAUGAGAGAAAGGCCAGAGACUGGAAGAGUGGAGUCAAAAACACUGAUUGUAUGGGGACUUGGGGAGAAGACAACUGCAGAGAUUCUUCAAGGUGCUUUUGAGGGGUGUCUCUGUGCAAGAGUUGCCACAGAUAAAGAGACAGGAGAGUCAAAAGGGUUCGGUUUUGUGGAGUAUGAGAGUGAAGAAAUGUGUGCAGCUGCCAAAGAGGCCAUGGAGGACAGCGAGAUCAAUGGAAGCAAAGUCAGCGUGUAUUAUGCACGAUCCAAAGUGAAAAGAGGUCAUCCAGGUGGGCUGGGUGCCAGCAGAUUGGGAGCAAACAGAGCAGGACAAGAAUGUGGAGCUGACAGGACGCAAUGUGAUGUUAAAGCGGAAAAGGAAGUGGAGUAAAUAACAGGAAUGGAAAAUCAGUCGUGUGGAUAUUUGACGCUCAAAUCACCUAUAUGGUCUUCCAAGUCUUUUUUUUUUUUUUUUUUUUGUCUUUAUUUGAAUACCUUUUUGUUUGAAUAACCUGUAACAAUGUUGUAAUGUUUUAAAAACGUUGUACUGUAACUGUCAUAAUUACUGUGUGUAUAAGUAGUUAUAGUUUUUUUAAACCCCACACACACACACACGCACAAAUGUUCACGUCUAAUGGGAACAUCAUUCUUUAUAAAAGUUCCCGAAUGAAAAUACAAAUGUCUAAAAAAAUAGCUGCAGAUUUACAGAAACAUACGAAAUAUAAAUUUUUCUUGGCACGUGAAUUUGUUUUGAUGCCCACUUGUUGUUAGGUAGACUACAUGGGUCACAAGUCUUACUCAAGUAAAAGAAAUUCUGUACAACUCAAUAUGACUCGACAGUGUUUCUCUUGAACAAGCCAUAUUACUGGUAAAUCUAAAAAAAACAUACUCUAUAUAAUAAAAAGAUAAUGAACAAACAAGCUGCCCAAUUUGUUCGUAUUCUAACAUUGCCACUGGUUAACUGGAUGUUCUGACCAAUUUUAAUGUAAGGAAAUGUCUUGUGCGAACAAAUAUAUUUUGAAAAACAAA